AUGUCUGUAAAUACAACCUCAACUGCAGAUCCUUCAAAGGCUACAGACAUUCGCACGUUAACCAUUUCAGGUAUUCAAAAUGUCUCUGGGCUUCUACCGCUCUUGGGUACAGAGCAAUGUGAAGAGCAUGUCACCAGCACCUUAGACCGUGGAUUUCUUUAUGCUGCUGGGGCACCUAUGUCGAUGUUUGGAAGCUUAGGCAUCAUCAAAGCCGGGUUUAUUGCAUUCUGGAUUUCCAUCGAUAAGUCGCCACUACACGGUCCACGACUGUUAAAAAAUGCAGGGUUUUCCUCAAAGGGGGUUUUGGGAAAGCUGGCGUAUGCUAUGGACACCAAUGACAGCAUCUGCGUCGCAGAAAAUGACAUACGUUCCAUUCUCCAGUAUUAUCCAAGCAUUGAAGUGCGCGUUAACAUCCUGUGUUGGCGAUGGAUCCGGUGGAAUCUCCUCUUGUCGUUUUGCACAGUCCUGUUGGGAUCUUUGGGCUUGUUAUCCUUUGUGGACAUCAUUAAAUCCGAUAUAGCUCGCCGCCCAUUUUCUCAGAAUUGGAUGUAUCCUGUGCUACGUGUCUACGGCUCUGUGGUUGUUUCAAUUGUAAUCCAGUUGGUUAUUCAACUUCGGAUACUGGUGGUUGUACACGACCGAAUUCGAUUCCAUGCCAUGAACAUUUGGUUUCAAAGAAAUGGGAGAUUGCCUCCCCAUACGUGGAAUCCAGAGUCCAGAGCAGCAGAAAGCUUAUCGGGGACCCGGCACGAUAUAUUAGCUGAUUACACAGGUAAUCGAAGCAAAACAGCUAAUCAACCUUCAGUCGGAGUCAGCAGUUCAGACAAUGCUUCUUUGAACUCGAAUACAGUACCAGACUCCGCUGCAAGUCUAGAAGAAGUAUACUGGAAAGGACUUGAAGAAACCGUCGGUGCAACCUGGUCCUUUAGCUCAUUUGACAAGGACCUCUUAGUGACCAGCAAACGUACUGUGCUCAGUAAGAUCAUCAACAGGGUGUCUGUCCCCACACUGCUGCUUGGGGCAUGCCGCAUUCUUCUACUGGGUGGAAUCUGUGCUGCCGGUAUAGGCUAUGUUGGUUGCUUUGGUCUUAUCCAGUCUAAGGCCAGCAACUUGAAUGAUACCCGCGGUCCAGGGAUUUGGCUUGCAGUAGAGGCGGCCUUGUGCGUCGUCCGUCUAGCCGUAUGGGCUUCCAAUCCCCUCUUUGACGAUCCUCCGCCUCCAAUUGCCAUUCAGAAGAAAGAAGACAGGGCAAAGGUUACCUAUGAAAUUGGGUGGACACUGGGGGAUGUGACUGUUGAUAGCAUGCAUGCUGUCAUUAUUGGAAUUAAUAAGACUGAGUUCGUCGGCGAGGUUAAUGAGCUUUCUUUUGCGGAAAGCGACGCAGAAUCGGUUGCAGACUUCCUCAAGAACAGCUUUGCGGUACCCAAUCACCAGGUAAAACUGCUGCUACAUGCAAGUUCCAGAGACAUUGAGGACGCUCUUCAAGAUCUAGCGACGGAUCGGAACAUAGGACUCGGCGCAUCCAUUGUUAUCUAUCUCGCGUGUCACACCAAGUUCUCGAAAGCGGGAGAGGGGGAAGAGGACUCCCUGGUGUUUGUCACCACAGAUUUCACCGCAAGCCGACCCGAGUCGGGACUUGAUUACAAAAGACUGCUUCAAUUAAUCCAAAACAUAUCCGAUAAUAAGGGAAAUAAUAUAACAGUUAUUUUAGACACAUGCCAUGCUGGUCGAUUUGGGAGACAUUCCGAACAUGAUACUACUAGAUCUCAAACCCCCCCUUUCCCGACUCGUAGGCCCAAGCCCACAGAACCAGUGAACGAAAACGAGAACCAAACGCAACUGGCGGACACAUCCAAAGAAAUCAACCACACCAGUCGUAAGCUAUCAAGAGCAAUGCCAAUAAGGAGAGAGAUGGAAAAAACGACUAUUAAAUACCUCAUCGGAUACCCAUCACAUGUGCUCAUGGCGGCCUCAUCAGAAAGUCAGCCUGCGUUAGAAAUGCACAGACAUCCAUCAGACCCAAAGUCACAACACGAGGGUGGUCUGUUCACCGGCGCCCUGUUGCACCACCUUGGCAAAAUGACGAGCGCGCAGGCCAAGCACACAACCUACCGCACCCUCAUCGACGAUAUCCGCAGGGACCUUGAAAACAGAAAUAUUCAGAUGCAGACCCCAAUUGUGUCGGGGAUUUAUCAGAAUAGACUUCUUUUCAAUGGGCUGCUUGCGAAUAAGCGGACUUAUGACGAUGCUUCCCCGGAAGAGGGUAGUAUUAUAUUUAUCACGGCUGGUUCAGCCACGGCAGAAAAUGACCCUGAUUCUCCUGGAAAGGCCGAAGCCUGA